AUGCCAAACUGUGAACAAGGCUACGAGGGUUCCAGCGAGAGCGAGGCACACUGUCGCAGUGCCUGGGUGACAUCGCUUAGCAGCAACUCCAUCACAGACGAGCACGUCAGACUGGCUGUCCUCAGACACAGGCUGAUGCCGCGCUGGACACAGGGAGGGGACAUUCCGCAUGCCCCGUACUUCGCCGACCCUCCUCCAGGAGCGAAAAGGAUCGGAAGAGGAAGGUAG